GUUUGUCAGCGGAGGCGCAGUUUUCGACGGGCUCGACGCUCGCACAGCCGACGAGUGCGCGCGUGAGGAGCUGCAGCGACUUCUGUGUGUCCUCUCUCGCUUCUCUCUGUCCCUGUUAUAAUAUACGUAUAGGCAUAUUAUACAUAUAUACGGUGCACGAUAUUAUCUCUCUCACCUCUUUUUCUCCUCCUAUAAAUAUACAUGUAUAUCUCUCAGUUCGUUUACAUAUCUCUCGACUUGUAUAUGCUCUCUAGUAUUCAGUGAGUGUUGAGUGUGCGGUGUUAGUGCAUGCUUGUGUAUACGUGCAAAACUUUGCACUACCUAUAAGGUGUACACAUGCAUACAACAGUGUCGUCGUCGUCGUCGUCUACUACCACUUCAUAUUAUAUAUUGUGCAGUGUGCACCACGGCUUCUCGUUACCGCACACACGCUCGCAAGCAGCAGCAGCAGUGCAAGAGUCGUUCAUUCAUUGCAGCGCGCAAAAGCGAGCAGCAGCUAAAUGAAAUAGCAACGAGUAUAUAUAACAUAGCAGCAGCAGCAGUGUGUCGCUCUCUUUCUUGUGUUAUACAUAUUUGUAUGUAUAUAUAUCGCGUGCUGGUGCAGUGUCUGUAUCUCUCUCCGAGUGCAUCUUUCUCCGUUGCACGGAUUUUUCCAUCGUACUCCCAUCACAGCAGCAGCAACAGCAGCAGUGAAGGUGUGUUUGUUAUACAUACGUGUGUCAGUAGUAUAUAGCGCGAGUGCGAAGCCGAGCAAUAAUCGCAUCUCUCCGACUCGUGCACAGAUGACGACGAUUAUAAAAAAGGCCAUCGUUCUCCUUGCUGCUGCCUCUUCUUCAUCUUCUCCUCUCGUGUUAUAUACGUGUGUUGUAUAGUGCGGCUGGAUGCAGCAGCAGCAGCAUAACCUCUCGUCGUGUGUAUGCAAAAAAGUGCAGGCAAAAGUAGUAUCGCGCGCGAAUUUUAUACUCGAUCGAUUUAAAACCUAUAGGCCAGUUCAGUGCAGUACCGAGCAGUUGUUUAUGUACGGCCGCAGUCGGUGUUUGUUGUCGCGCGCGCGCGUGUGUCAGUGAGUGGAUACUAAAUUGCAUCGUCUUCGAGUACGUUUUUCAAUGUACAAGGAUAAAUCAGUUUGUGUGUCAAAGUGUUUUAUUAUUCGCGAAUAGAUACUCGAAAGUGCGCGCUUGUGUCAGUUUUCAAAAGUGUGUUGUAAAAAAAUCAAAAGUGCGCGCACCUUUAAAUAUACAACUCGAAAUAAAAAUAAAAGAAUCUCAGUGCAGUUUUUUCCCAUACGAUACUCUGUUCAGAUAAUCGAAUGCAGAAAUUGUGCCCACAUCGUCGUCCUCUCUCGUCAGCACCUGCUAAUGCAUCCUCGGCGUCAAUGGCUCUUCAAUUCUCGUUUAUCAGAUAAUGCUGCAGUCGUUGCAGUCGUUGAGGGAAAGCGUCGUCUUCGCGUUGAAGCAAGCACAGAAGUCAUCAUUGGCAACGAACGACAAAAGCUCGCCCCGGCCAUUAAGCAACAGCAACGUUCAGGCAUCGGUUGGUAGCUUACAGUGAUGCAGCCACCCGCAGCAGCAUUCGUAUCGCAUCGAUUAGCAGCCGCUAGCUGUACUGCUUACCUGUACGAUGGCCGGCAAGUCUGAGCAACAGCCGCAGCAGCAGCAGCAGCAGCAACAGCAGCAACAGCAGCAACAACAGAAUACCAUCUCCGUGGAAUCUCAACUCGACGAGCAGAGCUUGCAGAAUAGCGUGCUCGUUUACGUGUCGAACGACAAUUUGGCGUUCGCGAGCGCCCUGAGCGACGCCCAGCAACAGCAGCAGCAGCAACAGCAACAGAAUGCGCUCUUCGGCCAGACGCAGCAACAGCAGCAGGACAACAAUUGGGUGUUCGCCGACAAGUUUCAGCUGCCCAAGGAACUAGAGGUGCACGUCGAUGGCAAGUCGAGAUCGCAGACGGUCGUGGGCGGUAGCGACGACGAGUCCGCCGACGACGAGCUCGGCGACGACGGCCAAUUCGUCGUGUCGCAGCUCGAGGCCGCGGUCGAAGCCGGCGACAUCAUCUAUCAGGAUGCCGAGUCCGUGGUGCUCGGCAAGGACGUGGUCGGCGACGACGACGACGACGAGGAGCACCUCAAGCUGCUCAAGAUCAGCAAGGACAUGCUCGAGGGCUGCAACGGUUACGCCGUCAACGGCUACGGGGCGUUCGUCGGCCUCGACGACAAGGCCUUCGAUCUGGAGGAGGCCGCGGCGGCCGCGUGCGACGCCAACGCCAAUCACCAGCAGCAGGUCACCUACGUGAGGCAGAACGGCGAUGGAAGCGGCGGUGGCGGCGGCGGCGGUGGCGACUCGCAGGGCCUCACUCUGUACCAGAGCUCGCUAGAUGACGGCCAGGCCGACGAUCAGCAGCAUCAUCAUCAUCAUCAUCAUCAUCACCACCAUCAUCAUCAGGGCGGCGUGCAGCUGAGCGACGAGCAGGUGAACGCCGCCUUCGCCAAUCUCGGCAGCUGCGACUCGGUGAGGUCCGACACCGCCGAGUCGAGCUGCAGCAGCCUGAGCAGCCACGAGUCGCAGGAGGUGGCGCUGCAGCAGGCCGCGAGCUUCGUGGCCCAGCAGGUCGUGCGCGACGCCGAGGCCGCCGCCGCGGCCCAGCAGCAAGUUAUCACGGUCCAGCAGGUGCUCGAGGACGCCAUGGAAGUGUGUGCUAGUGUGCAGCAGCAAGAGCAGGAGCAGCAACAACAGCAGCAUCAGCAACAACAACAACAGCAGCAGCAGCAACAGCAACAGCAAGAGAACAGCAUCGCCGUACCGCAAGGCUGGAAGAGGAUCUUCACCAAUGGCGUCAUCAUCUAUAUCAGUCCCAGCAGUACGGCGCUGGGUUCGCUGGAUCAGCUCAAAGAGUACCUGACAACGGCUGGCACCUGCAAAUGCGGUCUCGAGUGUCCACUCAGGCCCGAGCAAGUCUUCAACUUCGAUCCAAAGGUAGCGUCGAGGCCGUGGAGCCCGAGCCAAGGCAAGGAAACGUCAAAACUCUGCAAUCACAAGAGAAAACUAGACCAGCAGCAGCCAGGCUCGGAUUUGACAUUGGCAUCGUCGCCGACAUCGUCCAAUCAAAGCGUUAACACAAAUCAGACGACGACGAUACCGCUCGGUGCCGAGUCGCCUCUCUCUAUUGACAAAUCGAAAACAGAUGGCCUGAAGCGGAAGAAACGAAAACACAGUCUUUACACGGGAGUGUCACAGCUGCUGGCUCAACGAGGCGCGACGCUACCCGCCGGUGCCACAACUACCAGCAGCACUUCCACGCUCUCUAAUGGAUCGCAGGUGUGGCCUGUACAAAAUCUCCCAGGACACAUGACGAUUCAGAACCAGCAGCAGCAACAAUUGCUGCCACAGCAACAGAAUUUUAACCAACAAUUAGUCACGAAUCAGCAAGUCCAAAGGAUAAACAAUUCUCAAAAUAUGGCUGCUAACGGCAUGUUAAUGGGAAAUCAGCUGCUAAUGAAUCAGCAGGCUAAUUUUAGCAAUGUUGUACAACAGCCACAACAGCAACAACCUCAGCAGCAACAGCAGCAGCCGCAACAGCAGCUGCAACAGAUUCAACAGAUCGCGAAUCAACAGAUUCCGCAAGAUCAGGCGGCUCAAGAACAGUUGUUGCAACAGUUGCAGCAGUUACAACAGAUGCAGCUCAUGCAGCAGCGUCAAGAUCAGCAGCAGCAACAGCAGCAAUUGAUGCAGUUGCAGCAGCAGCAACAGCAACACUUUCAAUUGGGUCAGUUGAAUCUUACUGGUGGACUGCAGCAGCAACAACAACAGGCGCAACAGCAGCAACAAUUGAAUCAGCAGCAGCAGUUGAGUCAACAGCAGCUCUUGCAAGCUUUGGGAAAACAAACGAAUUUGCAGCAACAAAAUAUACUCGGUGAAUUGGACCAGCAGUUGCUGGCGAAUCUAACUCAGCAGCAACAGCAGCAAGAUUUUUUGAACCAGACGCAAGUUUUGCAAAAUCCACAGCAACAACUCAUUCCGACGCAGCUGCAACAGUUGCAACAACAGCAACUUCAGCAGCAACAGAUGAACCAGCAGUUGUUGCAACAGCAAGCUGAGUUCCAAUUGCAGCAGCUACAACAGCAACAGCAGCAGCAACAACAACAGCAGCAACAGCAACAACAGCAGCUCAUUCAAUCUUGCGGACAGGGACAAUUCCAAACGCAAAUUAUCAACCCGGUCGAUACACUGCAGCAAAACGGACUGACUGUUUUAAACAAUAUGAACGAGCUGCAGGUUCGACAACAGCAACAGCAGCAACAACAACAGCAGCAACAGCAACAGCAACAGCAGCAGCAACAGUUGUUAUUGCAAAAUCAAGUUGUACAAAGGCAUCAAGUCAUGCAAGCUAACAAUCAAAUCACACAGAAUCAAAUAUCAUACCAAGUGCAAAGUUUCGAUCCCACGAAAAACACGACGACGGUACAACAGUUCCCGACUUCGCAACCUUUGCAGCAGAACCAAAAUAUUCAGUUGAACGCGAGGCAGACGCAACAGUGGCAGCAGCAGCAACAGCAGCAGCAGCCUCAGCCACAGCAGCAGCAGCAGCAGCCACAACAGCAACAAGCCAACUCGCGGACUAUGGGCAUCAAUCAAGUACAAAAUAUCGUGUGCAACUCGUUUGACCGCGUGCCUCCGUUACAUCAGCACAUAACGCAGGACAGCGUGUGGGCGGAGGAAGUGUCGAGGAAGAAGCCGAAGACUGCCAAGAAUUCGUUCAAAAAGCAGAGAACGCACUCAAUCGAGCUGCGGAACAACAGCACGAAUAACAGCCUCGACCAGGGGCUGUCAGGAGAUGAGUUCUCGGAUAAAGGCAGCACGCAUUCGGGUCCAUCGUUCCUCGAGGAUCCGAGCGGGUAUCUGGCGCAGCAGACGGCACUGCUGAACAGUACGAUUUCACGCCAGACCGGUGUCAACGGUAGCACGUAUCUGCCUCAGCCGAAGCCUAGUCCCACGCAGUCGUACAACAACGGCAAGAACAAUCCGACCUCGCCGGUCUUCGUGCACAGCUCCAUGACGCCGAAUUCGGUAGGCAGUAUCACCGAUUCCGAAGGUGGCAGUCCGAUGUCGUGUCAGAGGUGCGUCACCGACACGCCUUCGUUAUCUUCCUCCACUCAGGAUUCCUUCAAACAACGCAACGAGCUUCACAGGUACGCGUUGGUACCGGAUUUAGCUGAGGACCCGGCGAUAUCGUCGACUUUCGGCGACAAGUGCAUGCAGCAUCAGCAACAGCAGCAACAACAACAACAGCAAUCAUCUUGUCAGCAACAAUUAGAUACACGACCGAUUCAAGGUGGUACGGUCAGUACGUCUCACGGUUCGCCGAUCGGCACAUGCAGCCCGGCCCAUUCGGAUGCUGCGUCGAUCUCGCAACCAGCCACGCCUCAGAGUUUGGUAUCCUCGCAGCCCUCGACGCCUCAUGCCUAUUCGCAACCCGCCACGCCCCACAUGGCCGGCCAGCAACAAAAUAAUGCCGGUUUAGGCGAGCAAAGAGCUGUUACGCCGUCCGUUAACCAAGACACCGCCGCCGAAGUGCAGAAGAAACUCGAUGGAUUCCAAGCGCAGAUUUUACGAACGAAUUCAAAUGGCUCGUUGAUAACGACAAUGGCGAGCGGUCACACAGUGAGCAGCAAUACCAUCACUUCUGUAUUAGCCGGUCGCGCGAAUACCGCGACAGUAUCUGUCAAUGGAGCAGCAAAUGGAAAUGGUGCAAUUAUUAUCAAACAAAACCAACAGCAGCAACAACAACUGCAACAACAACAACAACAACAACAACAACAACAACAACAGUCUAAUGCUAAUAUCGUUUCUUCGAUGAAUGUUCCUGCGUCUUCGGCACAAAUAUCAAUUGUUACCAAUAACUCUUUGCAACAACAGCUGAAUAAUCUUGCUCAGCAACAGCAACAACAGCAGCAACAGCAGCAACAGCAACAUCAGCAAAAUAUGAAUGUAUCGAAAUCACCACUAGAAAUGGUGCAAAGUGUUGUGAGUAGUAUACAAGUACCACAGCAAGCUAACAAUGCUUCCGUAAAUCAACAACAACAUCAAGCUAAUGUUCAGCAGGUGCACAACAUGUUAGCAUCAAGUGGUCUGUUGAAGCAAGCAACACAAAAUCAAGGUUUGCCUCCCGGUCACAUUUUGGUAUCGAGUAAUGGUCAAUUGAUAAUGGCUAGUACUCAGGGUGUUAUGGCACCACCUCCACCAAAAAUAAAUUCAAUGCCACCGCUGUCAGUGUCACCAAUGGUCACCAACGUGACUGGUACCGUUAGUCAAGUAAUACCAGCCGUUGCCCAGCAAGUCAUCGGACAGCCGACCGUUCUUGUGAACACGAUUCAAACGCCGGUGAUAAUUCAACCAAACGGAGUUAUGACAGCCGUAGACAAUAUCGGACAAAAUGUGCAAAUACCUCACCUGACGGUUGCUGGCAAUGUGCUGCAAGCAAAUGCCCAGCAAAUAAUCGAUCCGCAACAGGGCAAUGUCACCAUAACAAAUCAAAACCUGGUAAAUCGUCAGCCCACUAGUCUACCCCAAGAUGCUACAGUUGCCAAGAAGAAGGUUUACAAAAAACGAAAAGGCAGUACUCAAACGGUCGCUUCUAUGCUUCACAUUGCUUCGGCUUCCUCACAGCCCAACGGUAUGCUGAUGCAGUCGCAACAAAACUUUCAACAGAACUUCCAGACACAGAGCAUCGGUGGUGCACCGAUGCUUCAAGCUUUAACAAUUGUUCCUGGCAAAAAUGGACAACCUGCUCAGCUGGUUAUGAAUGGACAGCCACAUCAGGCGCAUUUUAAUCAGCAGCAGAUUAUUACCAAUACACAACCAGCUCAGCAGAUUAAUCUUUUGCAACCAGUUAAUCUGUUAAACGGAACCACUGGUAUGGUUCAAAAUUUCCCUACUAUACAGCAGCUACAACAAUUUAUUGUCCCUGGUCUUGGAAGUAUGGUGAUGUCAGCGGAUGGUACAGCCACACUCCUUCAAGAUACAGGAAACAUGGGCAUGCAGUUACAGCUGCAAAAUGUCAAUGGACAAAAUGUUUUGACUCCUGUACAGAAUAGCGGAAUUUUUGGAACAGGCCAAAGCAUUUUAGCUGCUGGUCCAGCAGGGAUGGUGAUAAGAACACCUCAAGCUACCGGUGGAAAAAUAAUCCAAGCUCAGCCUGCAUCAGGCACACAAUUUAUAUCUCAAACUGGAAACGGUCAAUUUCUCGUAAACGGCGCCACAUCCUUCGGAAAUCAACUGAAUCCUAUCGUUGCUAAUGUUAGUCCGAACCAGCAAGUGACCUUCAAUACUACACAGGUACGCCCAUCGAAUAUCCAAGCUCAACAAGAGUUCAUCCAGAUGAAUGGGCAAACCUUAAUGGUACCGUGCGGUACGACACAAAAUAUUGCUGCGGCGACGUCUCAACAAAAUCAACAAAAUCAGCACACUAUCGUUCAGCAGAAUACAACGAUAGUACAGCAGCAGACGACAAUGGUUGCUGGAAAUCAACUUCAAGGGCUACAAACUGCACCGGCGUUGGCGCCAGCUGACACGCCAGCUAUCGAGCCUCCAACUCUCAAUAUCGAUCAGAAUCAAUCUUACAUAUUGAAUGCUGGCAUGGUGACGCAAAAGGGUCCAAGCUCGCCUAAGAGCAAUUCGCCAUCGUCUGAGCAGCUAAAUAUUGAGCAGCAACAGCAGCAAGUUCAUAAAGCUCAGCAACAACUACAACAACAAAUUCAGUCGCAGCAGCAGCAGCAACAGCAACAGCAGCAGCAGCAACAGCAACAGCAGCAGCAGCAGCAGCAGCAGCAGCAGCAGCAACAACAACAACAACAGCAACAACAACAGCAACAACAGCAACAGCAAGCCUCUACUCAACAAUUUAUUUUAGCCAGUGGAGCGACAGCUAUCAUAGAAAAGACCCACUUGCAAACGCAGCAGUCCGCACAGCAAACGCAGCAGCUGCUACAGCAACAGUCGGCAACUGUGAACUCGCCUGCUCAGCAAACGACUACUCUCAUAAGGCAAGGAUCUCCACCCGACACUACGACUCAUAGUCCUGGCAAUAGUCAAAGACCGAGUAGCCCAGCUGUAGAUACAACGACACAUGGAUCGGCUUCGCCUCCACCACCAGCCAAUACUAGGCAGCAGUCUUCAACGCCAAUGGUACAUUGUGUAUCGAGCAGUGAACCCGACUCGGAAGCGCCACUGACCUCCGACGAAUGGCGGACUAAUCAGCAAGCAUUAUCGGCUAAUCAAGUCAUCAUCAAAGAUCAAUCGGUGAAUCAACUUCUUGGUAGUCCUGCUCCGCAACCGCAGCAGCAGCAACAGCAGCAACAACAGUCAACGACUCCACAAACACAGACACAAUUACAACAAUCACAACAACAGCAACCGCAGAGUAAAGCGGUCACUUUUGUAGAGACAACCACGACGAAUAAUAUAGCAGCUAGCGGCAUCCAGAUGGUAGCGAGGCAGGCUGACGGUGCCGUAAAUACGGUACGGUGCAGCGGCGAAGACAGGGAAAACAAGCGAAAACUGGGCUCCAUCCACGCAAUGCAUACUACACUGCAUGAAGACCAGGAUGAGCCUAAGAAUGAUAAGGCCAGCACGCCGCGGACGCGGAUGUUCGCGGUGGGCGAGAUCGUCUGGGGUACCUACCGAGGCAGCGGCAACGGCCACCACGCAGCAGCAACCUGUUGGCCAGGCAAAAUCGAAGCGAUCGGCUACAAAUCCAACGGCUCUGCCGCUCCAGGGGGAGCAGGAGGAGGAGGAGGAGGUGGAGGAUCCGGAGCUGUCGCUGGCGACGGACGAGGAUCAUCAUCUGGAGCAGCAGCAGGUGGAUUUGGACAAAACGUCUGGAUCCGAUGGUAUGGCGAGCAGCAUCGCGAGGCAGGUCUCAGUCAAGUCUCAGUCAAGAGUCUCAAGUCCUUGUCGGAAGGCCUCGAGACGCACCAUCGGGCCCGACAGAAGCUCCGGAAAAGUCGUAAACUGAAUACCCAAUUGGAGAGCGCAAUUCAGGAAGCCAUGGCCGAGCUGGACGCGAAGCAACGUCAGCGUAAAUCACAGAUCAAAACCAAAACCUACGUGGUGAGCGCUGCGCAUCAACAAAAGCAGCAACAACAGCCACAGCAGCAGGCGCAGGUACCGCAGUUACGACAGCAAAAAGCGAAAAAAACUCCCGGCAGAAAGGUACCGAUUGCCGCGACAAUUGCCAUUGCACCACGACCCAAUUGAAUGUUUCCAAAGUAUAUAUGAUGUUUCAUAUAUAAAUGUGUAAAUUCAGGAAAGAGAAUUGUUUCUUUUUUGCGAUAUUUCUAUACAUACUAAUGUAGAUGAAAAUUUGGUGAUAAUGUUCCUAAGAUAAACCAUGAAUUAAGAGUAAUUAAAUUUUAGGAUGUUCGAAGAACAAAAAACUUUUCACCUUUCCAACCUUUUCAUCUAUAUUUUUUUGUCAGUUAUAAUGAUGAUGCCAUUCUGGUAUCCUUUGGUUAUUUAAAUAAAGUAUCCUGUAAAAUACAUACUACGAAAAUCCAGUGAUCACAAGGCACUAGUAACUGUACAUAUUUUUAGUUGAACUUAUAGACAUGCUGCGUGCGCGUGUGCUAUAGGGAUAUUUAAUUUAAACUUUUAAAAGCAGCACUCUUCUAACAAGAGCUAAACUGAAAAUGACCAUUAGUACGUAAUGGGUGUAAACGGAUUUUGCGAUAUCUGAUUUUUUUUCAUGAGUGGUUGGCCUAUCCAAGACUCUGUGGUUUUAAUAAAUGUAUAAAUAAAUGGCAAGAUAUAAUGUGUAGGUGUAAUUAUUGAAAGUCCAAAAUGUAGUCAUAAUUCUGUAAGAUAAGAUUUAAUAAGAAUUCAUCGAUCAUGCUGAAACGAAAAAUCCUUAAAUGAUCGUUGUAUGUAUGAUAUACCUACUUUUUGCUUUUUUAAUUAACAAUUGAAUAAAUUAAAGGGUCAAGUAAGAAAAUGAUUGUAAAAAUAUUUCGGAAUUUGUGUAUUUAUAUAUGAUUAAGAAAUAAAGUAAUGUGAUACUUUAUCAUGGUUGGAA